AUGGCACCCAUCAACUUCGGCAUCAUUGGCACAAGCUGGAUCACAGAUUCAUAUAUUGAGUGUGCUCAAGCCACCGGCAAAUGGAACCUUGCUGCGGUCUACUCCCGCACAGAAGAGUCCGCAAAGAAGUUUGCUGCAAAGUAUGAAGGCCAGAAAGUUGAGCUCUACACCGACCUGAACAAGCUCGUCAACGACUCAAACCUGUCGACCAUAUAUAUUGCCAGCCCCAACAUUCUGCACUUCGAGCAGGCCAAGCUUGCUUUGAGCGCUGGCAAGAAUGUCAUCUUGGAGAAGCCAUCCUGCAGCACAGUCACAGAGCUCGACGAGCUAUUCAAGAUCGCACGAGAGAAGGAUGUUUUCCUCAUUGAGGCCUUCCGCCACAUCCAGGAGGCCAACUUCAAGACUCUAAAGAAGUCGAUCAAGGAUCUUGGACCCAUCUUCGGCGCCUCCAUAACAUUCGCACAGUACUCCUCCCGCUACGAGAAGGUCCUUGCUGGCGAGACACCAAACAUCUUCAACCUCGAGAUGGGUGGUGGUGCGCUCGCCGACCUGGGCGUGUACUGCAUAUCUGCAGCCAUCGACCUCUUCGGAGCACCAAAGGGCGCGAAGUACUGGCCUAACAUUAUCGCCACAGGUGCAGAUGGAGGGGGUCGUCUCAUCCUUGACUACGGCAAUUUCGUCGUUCACUUGUGCCACAGCAAGACCUACAACAGCGACGCACCCUCGGAAAUCUACGGUGAGAAAGGCACAAUCAUCGUCCCUACCAUCACAGACAUUGAGACUGUCACACUAUGGGACGCCAAGACGAAGAAGAGGACACAGCUCGCUGGCCCCGAGACAAGAGUCAAGCUCAACCUGCAAGAGGAGGCCGAAGAACACGCACGGGUCAUCAACAAUAGGGAUCGCGAGGCGGAGAAGAACUACGAGACACUGUCAAGAGACAUCUUGAGGGUCCUGGAGAAUGUCAGGAAGGAUAAUGGCUUGUUGUACCCUGGUGAGAAAUAA